CUGUUGUUUCUCGGAGGUAAUGAGGUAAAAAGCAGUGCUGUGGUGAAAUACUCGUCUGCCCCCCCGCAAGCGGCGUUUGCCCGUCUUCAAGAGAAGACCGAUUUGAAACUCCCACCUGCAAAUUGGUUACGUGAAAGCGCUAAGCUAGGACCGGCAGGUACAACCAUUCUUGGCAACAACAAGAAAAGUAAACCCUUCUCAAGCUUUGGAAUGGCGUAUGACUUCAUUGACUCAAUUGGAAAUGAUGUGGAUGUUGUGUCUGAUUCAGAGAAUAUUAAAAAACUUCUGAAGAUACCGUAUAGCAAGUCACACGUAAGCAUGGCAGUACAUCGAAUUGGGCGGACUCUCUUGCUGGAUGAGCUAGAUAUUCAAGAACUCUUCAUGAGAUCAUCUCAGACAGGAGACUGGACAUGGUUAAAAGAGUUUUAUCAAAGACUGAUUGAUCAGAAGUGGCAACGAAAAAAGAAGAGUAAAGAGCACUGGUACCAGAAGGCUAUACUUUCCAAAUUUUUAUAUUACAGUAUUAAUGGUGAUGGAGCUGCUCAGCCUGUUCCUUCCACUUCAAAACAGCACCAAGAGGGUCCUGUUUCAGGCGAGAGUGAUGAAGCAGGAAGGGCCUCCUGGCCAGCUCCCUUUGAAAUGCCUUCUUCAAUAUCUGAAGAUCCAGGUGUCUCCAGCCAGGGAAGUGUGCCUCUUGAACCCUCAUAUAUAGUGGGGCAUGUGGCCUCCGCCCCCAAAGAACAAAACCUGACUACUUUGUUCAAUGACGGGGAAAACAGUCAGGGACUUAAAAAUGACUUUGUUCGUAACAUCUUGUGGACCUUUGAAGAUAUCCACAUGUUAGUAGGAUCAAAUAUGCCUAUAUUUGGAGGUGGGAGAUACCCUGCUGUGAGCUUGCGUCUCAGGGAUAACAACAAGCCAAUAAACGUGCUAACGGGAAUUGACUAUUGGCUGGACAACUUAAUAUGCAACGUCCCAGAGCUUGUGAUGUGCUUUCACGUUAAUGGAAUUGUUCAGAAAUAUGAAAUGAUCAAGACUGAAGAUAUUCCCAAUUUAGAAAACUCAAAUUUCUCUACCAAAGUGAUAAAGGAUAUUGCUCAAAAUAUAUUAUCUUUCCUGAAAUCAAAUUGCACCAAAGAAGGACAUACUUAUUGGUUAUUUAAGGCAAGUGGGAGUGAUAUAGUAAAGCUAUAUGACCUAACCACUCUUUGUGAAGAAACAGAAGACAAAUACCAAAACCCUUUUACAAUGCCCGUGGCAAUUCUUCUGUACAAAGUUGCUUGCAAUAUGAUGCUGAAAAAGAACCAGAAUAAGAAGCACUAUGGCACUAUCAGAACUUUGCUCCUUAAUUGUCUGAAGUUACUGGAUAAUGGCAGACAUCCUCAAAUUAUUGCUUCAGCAAACUACAUGUUAUCAGAACUUUUUCAGCUGGAUGAACCUAAAAAAGAAGAUGGUACAGACUUCCCUAUAAAUGGUAAUUCUGAUGAAAGUUAUAGUGAAGAAGAAGAAGAAGAAAUGCCAGAUAGUGAUGAAAAUGGUUCUUACAGUAACAGUUCUGAUCCACCAGAUGACAAUAAAGCAGUGGCUAUAAUCAAAUCGGUAGGAGAGUUAUCAGUACCAGAAAAAUACAAGUCCGUUCAUCGAAUACGACCUAGUUGUGCAUUUCCUGUCUGCCACGGCACUGAAGAACGUUGUAGACUAGUGCUCAGUUAUGUCCUGGAGGGCUUGAAAUCUGUUGACAGUAGCAUUAAAAAAGAAGGUGACCUUCCUGCAGCUGACCCCAGCACCCCAAUCCCAUUGAAAUAUGAAGAUGAAUCCACCAGUGGUGGUCCUGAGUGUCUGGAAAAACAGAUGGCCUUAUUUUUAGACAAAAUGGGCUCAUUUCCGAAGGGUAAGCAUUCCAGUCUGUCAGGAAUGAUUCCUGGAUCAUGGCAGUAUAAAAUGAAACUUCAGCUCAUUUUGAAGUCAUCAAGGGCUUAUUAUGUUCUAUCUGAUGCUGCUAUGAGUCUGCAGAAAUAUGGGAGAGCAUUACGAUACAUCAAACUAGCUUUGCAGUGCCAUGAUACCUACUGUUGCCUCUGUGCCAGCAUGCUUCCUGAAGUAUUAGUAUUUCUUUGUCAGUGUUUAACCCUCUGUGGAGAUACCCAGUUAAUGCUUGCCCAAAAUGCAAAUAAUAGAGCAGCAUAUCUUGAAGAAUAUAACUACCAGACAAAAGAAGAUCAGGAGAUAUUACACAGUCUUCACAGAGAAUCCAGCUGCCAAGUGUUUGCAUGGGCUACUGACUUGUCUACAGACUUGGAGUGCCAACUUUCAGUCAGCUGUAAAUGUUAUGAGGCAGCCUAUGAAAUAUUACUUUUCAGUAAUUUAAAAAAUCAAAAUCCGGAGCAGCACAUACAGGUACUAAAGAGAAUGGGCAAUAUCAGGAAUGAAAUUGGGGUGUUCUACAUGAACCAGGCUGCUGCAGUGCAGACUGAGAGAGCGGUGAGUAAAAACGUAUCGACAGCAGAACAGCAACUCUGGAAGAAAAGUUUCUCUUGUUUUGAAAAAGGAAUUCAAAACUUUGAGUCAAUUGAUGAUGCAACCAAUGCUGCUCUUCUACUGUGCAACACAGGAAGACUAAUGCGAAUUUGUGCUCAAGCCCACUGUGCAGCUGAAGGUGACUUCAAAAGAGAGUUUUCCCCAGAAGAGGCCCUUUAUUAUAAUAAGGCUAUUGACUACUAUCUGAAGGCAUUAAGAUCUCUAGGUAAGAGAGAGAUGCAUCCAGCUGUUUGGGAUUCUGUAAACUGGGAGCUUUCUACGACAUAUUUUACUAUGGCAACUCUACAGCAGGAUUAUGCUCCGUUAUCUAGAAAGGCCCAGGAACAGAUAGAAAAGGAAGUUAGUGAAGCCAUGAUGAAAUCUUUGAAAUAUUGUGAUGUUGAUACAGUGUCUCCACGACAGCCUCUCUGUCAAUACCGGGCUGCAACCAUCCACCACAGGCUUGCUUCAAUGUAUCAUAGUUGCCUGAGAAACCAGGUUGGUGAUGAACAUUUGAGGAAACAACAUCGUGUCCUUGCUGAUCUUCAUUAUAGUAAAGCAGUAAGACUCUUCCAGCUCUUAAAGGAUGCACCCUGUGAGUUCCUUCGUGUGCAACUGGAAAGAUUAAGAGUGGCAUUCGCAGAAUUUCAAAUGGCGAGUCAGAACAGCAAUGCUGGGAAAUUAAAGACUUUAUUUGGCGCCCUAGAUAUAAUGGUGAAAACUAAGUGUGCGUUUCAGCUCAUCAGAAAAGAGCUUGCAGCAGAGUGUGAACAGCUGAGCAAGGAUAAAAGUAAUGCUGAGAAUACAACAGCUAAUGAUUCCUCCACUGGCCUUAACCAAGAGGAAGUAUUGAAACUGCUUAGUAUUUUUGAGUCCAGAAUGUCAUUCCUUCUCCUACAGUCUGUUAAAUUGUUAACUUCAGCAAAAAAGAAAAUUGGGGGCAUUAAUGAAGAAGAAGUAGUUCUUAAAACAAACAAGCAAGUUUACUCCCUGCUGUUGCGUGCAACUGCCAACAAAAGCAUGACUCUGCUGGAACGAACAGAGGUAAUCUUAAGUUUACUGGAUCAACUGACUCAAAAUAGUGAAGCCAGCAAUGUAGGAAUUCAGUGACUUUAAAAUGCUGCAAAACAGCAGAAACAGUGCCUUGCUAUGCAUGGGAUCAGUGGUUUGUUCCCCCACCCCCCCCACCCCAUGUAAUAUUUAAACUUACUGCAGGGGAGAACUUACUACAUUGUUACACUCUACAUCUGGGAAAGAACAGGAAUUGCUUCUUAUUCUGUGAUAGCUCUGUAAUAGUUUGGUUACUAGCGUUUCUUCAUUUGAAAUGCUGAACUGGGGUUCCAGAUGCAAACUUUUUUUUGGAGAAAUUCUCAAUUUUCUCUUAAAGGUAAUGGGCUUUUUUUGCAGUGAUAAAAAUGUUCUGCAUAAAAAUGUAAUCUCACAGUUGCUCUGGUUUGAUAUUUAAUGAAAAUACUUUGUAAGCAAAGCUUUAUUGGAACACUUUAGCCAAUAAUGUGAACUGAAGUAGUACAAGAAAAUUCCUCUUGAAUAUGUGGACACACUUCUUCUACCGUUACUAUCCUGCACAAAAGUACGUGCCUUUCUAGCUUUGAUGCAAGACUCUUGUGAAUAUUAGCCAUCACUGGGAUUUCCUUUACACCAGAAAGUGAAUGGUUUUAGCUUUGUUUGUUUGAAUUGAUCAAGAAUAGUGUUAUCUUUUUCAGACUUGAAACUGUGAAUAAAUGAGAGCAUAUUUUUAAUAAAUUUUUAUUUAUUAAAUAUAAGCCCAUGUAUUAGUCUGUGGUUUUUAUUGGUUGUGACCCUUAUGCUCUCAUCAGAGAAGCAAACUGCUCAACGGAAUUAAAACCUUUUAAACAGUAGCGAGAGCCUCAUUCCUUAACGUAGUGCAUGAAAAAAAUCUGUAAAAAUCAGGCUUAACAAAUGAGUUCAGUCUUAUCUUGCCAUGUAAGGACUCUGCUUAUUGGAAAUAUGUAUGCUUAAAGAUCAGAUUUUCACAAAAUGUAACAUCUGAUGUCUUAAUGUUGUUCUAAAAAUAACUGAUUCACUAUUGUACAAUGAUCUCAUAAUAUACACUGUAUAUUUGGGUGACUAGAUAACCUGUUACUAAUAUUCCUAAAUCAAAACAAGACUGGAAGCUCAGUUUUAUAAUUUUAUGACAUAAAAGCUUUAAAUAAAUGUUAAACAGUAGAGUGCUUAAAGUAUAUUGCACUGCUACAGUACAGUUGCAGGUUGUCAUGAGUAUUAGCCUGUGCCUCCCGUAGCUGCUGUUUGCUCAGAAACAAUUUUUUAAAAUCUUGUUCCUUUGUAGUUCUGCUUUGGAAGGCCCUGAAGUGAAUGGAACAUUUACCACUUGUUUUGCGAAUUCCCUACAAAACCUGUGGAAUGCAGAUUUACCUGUUACAAAAUUUCAUUCUUCUUAGCAAAACUGCAUUGUACAGGCCAUGCAUAGUAUUUAGUGCCGUUCCAUCUGCUGCUUUCAAACUAUCAGUUGCUCUGCUUUGCAACUCUGUUUUGGGGAGGCUCUUUGAAUCCUACCAAGGAAGUAGGAAACUCAUGUUCAGGAAAAGGUAUGAAUGUUCUUAUUCUGCUAUCAGGCUGGCUUUGAUACUCUCUGCAACUAUGUUAUAAUUAACAACCUGAAUGUGUUUAUCUGUCCUGAACACAGAUGUGCAGAUUAAGACUGGCUGUUAAAUUUUAGAGGACUUGGUGUCUUCUGAACUCAGAAUGUAAUGGGUUAUGAAUGUCUCUUCUGGCAUGCAUUUUAAUCACACAAAUUAACAUUUUAAGUACUCCUAUGAUACUGCAACACAAACUGCCUCCAGUUUUCAUGCUUGAGAAAGCAUUAGCUCUCCUAUGUGGAGUAGGAACACUAGUACCAUUUCACGUCUGUGGUUUUGAGGAAAGCUGUUGCUUUCUCCUCUGCUAGUUCAGAUUUGACUCUUUUUUUAAUCCUUUUUUUAAUGAUUCACUCUUUACCACAGGUACCUUAGAACAGACAAACGCACCUCUCUACUCCUGUUUCUUUUAUUUUAAGUUAUACACAGACUGAACCAUUACGUAACGAGCCUCAUUUUUCAUUUCCCUCAACUGUAGCUUACAGUGCCUGUUCUGAGGUUAUCUUCAGGCAUUUUCAACUGUGACUGAAGUCCAGUUUUUCCUUUUUGUUUUUCUCCUUGAAUUUAGAGGAGAAAUAUACAUAUGCAUUUUUAUACAUAUAUACACACUUAGAAAACCCAUCUAAAUUAGACCUCUUUAACUAAAAAGAGGCCGAGGGAGAAAACUUUCUUGCUUUAGUUUCUGACUUGAAUUGCCAACUUUGAAACGCGUGCUCUGCUCAGUCUCUGAGCAUGUGGGAGAUGGUGAAAUGCUUAGAGCCUGUUUUCCCUCUUACUGAAGACCCUUUUAAGUAUUUGGCAGGUGUGUUUUCAAGAUCAAUGCUUUGACACUCGAGAUGUCUAGUUUUUUUCCCUAAACUAGUAGAUAAACUACUGUUUGCUUCAGAGCCUCAAAUCAUGAGUCAGCCCACCUGCCUCUCAUAUCAAAAUACCCUGACUUCUGGAAAGAAGGUUAGAUUUUUUUUACUUACAGCUGAGUUGGUUAAAUACUUUUUUUUAAAGCAUAUAUAUAUGCACACAUAAAGGUAUUGUUAUAUCUUGAAAAUUCCUUUUACCUGUUAGGAUUUUAAACUGAACAUCAAACUCUGUUUUGAUCAUGCUUAUGAAGCCACAGUCAGAACUGCUAAGGAGAAAACCCCUAACAGACUGCUUUGAUGCUUUCUCUGGGAUUCAGGCAGAUGGUAGAAAGGUCCUCCCCAGAUGGGUAAAGCAAAAGGAAAAUGUACCUCUCCUUUUGCAAAAGAAAAAUGCACCUCUUUUUCCCCUCUCAAACUGAUUUCUUAUGUGGUCCAGUUCCAUUUUUACCCUGACAAGAAACAACUAGUUCUUAUUUCAUUAAAUACAGUGAGAGCCUGGGGCUAAAACCAGGAGCGAUUGAUGCUGGUUACUUAGGAGCAGUCUAACACAGCUCAUUUGCUGUUGAACUGUGGCUGGAGUAGGCUCCCUCCCAUAACUGCGUGUAGACUGGUGUUUCCAAAGUGUGCUUUAGCUGCCCUUGUGGCAGCAAAGGAAAUGUAAGCUGGGUUUAAGAAUUACAAUGGGAACUGCCUGUUUCUUAUGUGAUGAAAACCCAGUUGCUAUUCAUUAAUACAAGAAGCUUGUGAUUAACUUGAACACCAGAAAAGCUCUUAUGCUAAGCUGUUUUGGAAUGAGACAGUACUCUUCCACCCUCAACCCCUUCCCCCUGCCCCCAAUCUUAUGGAUCCAUCCUGUCUGGUCCUAUGGAUUUGUGUGGUUUGAGAUUUCUCGAGAUAUCCUUCAUUCAGUCCUCUUCCUUUACUGGUAGUUCCUCUCCUCCUUGAACCCUCUUUCUACACAGAGUCCUCGAAGACGUUAUUAGUGACGUCAAGGCAAAUAAGACAUCUCAGCCUCAUUAUGGCACUGCCGCCAUUAAAUCAAUCACUGUGUUCAGCAGCGCUCCUGUGUCUUCCUCCUUUGUUCUUUAUUGCAAACUUAGCAGCGGGAGCUUCUCUUGUGGCCCUUGAUGCCCUUUGCUAGUGUCAAUGCUAGCUGAGCUUUGGUUUACUCAACAAAUCCCUGCGUGUCCCAGCAGUGUUUCUGUACCCUGUCCUCGCUUCCACCCUGUCUACUGCCUUUUGGCAUUGGAGCUCAGUCCUGAGGUCUGCUUAGCCAAGCUGGUGGUUUUUUUGACAAAAGUCGCUGUUUAUAAAGACCUACCAAUUCUCUUAAGUAACCUCUUCCUUCAGAGCUGCCUCCUGUAAAUGAGAGAAGAAGGUAAUGGGAAAUGCAUUUGAUAUCUUAGGGAAAACAGAAAGUGUGGUCCCUUUCCCCCUUUUUUUCCUCCAAUAAAUGACUUUUUUUUUUCUGCAAAUAAAAAGUAUAGCUCCUUUUAGGUGAUACAUUUAACUGGCAUUUAAAGAGAAGAUGUGUGUGUGUGUGCAUACUUAUAUAUAGAUAACUAAGCAAGACUACUGGAGAUCACUAACAGUGUCUUUCUAAGUACUCGUUUAAGUAUUUAAGCUGCUUAUUUUAAGGAGGCAAUUCUUAACUGCCCUGCUAGAAGAUAUGGAAUGCAGCUUUUUGUAGUGGGCAUGUUCUUUUAUCGCAGAAACCCAGUUUGUGCAAAUCUCCAGCCUGGCAAUUUGAGUGUGCUUUUUGCAAGUGCCCUUUAGAUCCGACUUGAGAACAAGCCUCAUCUUUUUGGUGCAACGCAAAGUACAAAUGCACCUGAAAAAAUUAAAUGCAUCUUGUGAAAGGAUGAAAGAUAACAGGCUUACUGUGUAUCUGUUCUAUGUGACUUCUGAUUUUGAGUGAAUGAUUUGAAAGGUUGGGGGUGGGGGAGGCAGACCCCAGCAGUUUAGCUUUCUGUGUUUUUUCCUUCCUUCUCUGUUGGGGCUGAAUAUAUGCAAUACCACAUACACUUUCCUGGCUGUUGGUGAGGUCAGAGAUAGAAAAUUGCACAGUAGGUUUCUGAAGUAAGAUGACUAGAAGCACUAGGCUUGAAAUGAGUAUCAUCAGGAAAUCUAGCAAUGGUGAGAGACAGAAAAAAUAUGUUCAUGAUAAAAUUUUGCCUUUAGAGCAAAGGAAUUGAGAGGUAACUAGGCAAGACUACUGGAGAUCAGUAUCAGUGUCUUUCUAAUCGCUAUAGCAAAUCUAAGUGGGAAGGUGAGACAACAAUCCUUUAAGUCUGCUCAGCCAUUAGUAGUGGCAUGUGAUGGAGAAAUUGCUGAGGUUGUAACUGAGAUGGCCAAGAGCAUGAACUCAAGGGUGGAAGUCAGUCAUGCGUUUGGCUGCCACUGACAGUCAUUGAUCUUGGUGAAUCAUUACCCCUGGUGCAAGUAAUGCUGCCAUGCUCUUUGACAAAUGUUUUGAGCAUGACUUGUUGGACUUUAAAGUACAGUUAAAAAAUCUGAUGAAAGGAAGAGACUUUAUGGUAAGCAGCCACUUUUAUAUGGAGCAAGGCUUGCUCUCUGCAAAAUUUUGCAAAUGAGAUUGUUUCCUGUUUUGUAAUCAGGGCCAGAUCUUGGCAGUUCCUCUUAGCAGAAGGAGGGAUGGACUCUUGUACAGUCUUUGAUGCUCCAAGAGUCUCAGGCACUCCAGACCUUUUUGGGGAGAUUGCUGGAGGCAAAGUCUAAGUCUUUAGACUCUGCAGAGUUUAACUGCUGUUCUGCUGGCCAGCUGCUGCGAGGCAGGGGAGCAGCCCAGGGGCAGCGAAGCCUAGCAGUGCUCUGGGCCUUCACAGCCCAGACCACGGCAAGAAGUUUCUGCUUAGAUGCAGAGAAGAGGGAACUGACUUGAGUCUCCUGGUCCAACUCUGCCACUAGAUUCCUGAUGGUGAGGGGAAAAUUUUAGCUUGAAAACCCAUUUAUGAUGUCUGAUUUAGCAGGCUAUCUUAAGAUCAGUGCAUACACCACUAGAGUUUUCACUUCAAUAGGGAAAAUCUAAAAGGUCCGUUCCAAAGAAAAGUGUAAGACUAGAACAUAUCUGUGGUCCUCCUGGGACUGAAAUAGGCGCUUAAAUGGGCUUUUAACAAGAAGAGAUUUUUGUCUGCCUGAGUGCAUUUUACAAGUAUUGCAUUGCACAGAUCCAUGCUGAAGGCAGUGCUGUAUCCAGAGAAAACUGGUAUACAAGCAGCAAUUUAGGAAGAGGCGUGGAAAGGGAGCAGGGAGAUUGUUAUGCAGUUUGAAAAAAUACUGGAAUGUAAAAUGAGCACUGUAAAAAGGAGUCAAAAGAAAAUGCCCUUUACACCUUCCCCCGUCCUGUUGAUUUUAGAAGUAGCUACUAAUAUACUACAGAAGCUACAGAAGUACUAAUGUACUUCUGUAGAGUCUUAAUAUUUGGCAUGUAGCUGUCAGCUAAUUUAAGACCCUCAGCGUAAGCCCUGAGAACCAAGAACUCUUAUUGUAAUAACAGUCUGUUAGUGUGAUUUUAGGGGGGGGGAAAGUUGUGUAAGCUCGUCUUGCUUUCUUGUAACUAAAUGGAAGUAAUGUUUUACAGUGCUUCACUGAGUCAUGUAGAAUAGAUCAGGUCUGUAAUCCGUUCAAUAGCUUAUUAGUAAAAGUCUUAAGCCCUGUCUAGUUCAGGAAUGCUAGUGCAGUUGGAUAAGAGGCCUCCUCUAGAGUAUGCCAAUGGCAGGUCUUAGCUGUUAAAACACAAAACCAAAAAAAAAAGCCUAUUGUAGGGAAUAUAGUGCAGGUCUUCUAAGAGGAAAAAGAUGACUUCCUCACCCCCAACUGGGGGAGAACUCAGUGGCAGCUUAGGUCCUGGAAUGGUUGUUUCACCCGUGGAAAGGUUCCUUGGAUGAAACCAAGCAAGGCCUGGACCUACAUAAGCGAUGUGUCUGGAACUGGGUAAGAAACUAUUCCAUCGGCUGCAGUUCUACUCCCUUUUCUCUUUUUACUGAAAUACAUUAUUAUACAUAGAGUACCAAGCAAUAUAGUUGAUGUGGUCUGCUAAUUGACAAACUGUGAGUAUGUCUGAAUUACAGGUUCAGACAUAAUGUCAGCGGAGUCCCAGCAGCUAUUCGUAUGGCCCCCUUAUUCCAUAGCAAAUGCCAGGGAGACCUGACUUAGGUUUCACUUCUUUUAUUGUAGGGCACAUCCUUUGAGUUAGCUUGUAUUUGCCACAGGUCAAGAAUGUGCACACUUGCUGUUUUGGCAGAGGUAAGGCAACCUGCUUUGCUGCCAGAGCCCUCAGUCUCAUUUUUGUAUUGUUAUAUGAAAUGCACCAAGUAUCUGUUACUCAGAAAUAAUAACAACUGAUAAGUUUCUGCUGGAAAAAAGUGUAGAAAUGGGCCUAAGCCUGAGACAAAUAAUUAGAUGUAACAUACACUAGCAAAAAAUUUGCCAUAUAUCUUUAAAACAUGUCCCUGUUAAGGAUGAACUGUCCUAGUAAAAGGAUUUUCUGGUAAUAUAAUGGUUUCUGUUUGUUUUUGUUGAUACACUUUUUUUCUGUUUGCAUACUUAAAUAGCGCAAGGGAGCACAAGUAAAUAUGAAUGGCUUCUGUUUCCAGUUCUUGCUCUCUUUUCCCCUUGGCCCACUCUCCCCUUCUUCCCCUGCCCCCAGGAACGAGCUUUCACAAAUCUUCUCCAAGCUGUCACGUAUUUCAGAAUCUAGAGAUACGAGUGGUACUUCAGGGGACUUGAAGACAUUUCCAAAUCCUCAAUCUGCUGUGGAUUUAUUUUUGAAAGAGAUGAACGGUAUUGCAUAUUCUAUACUACCCAGUUGAAUCUGAAUGUUAAACAGCUUGACUUACUGCAAUCGUCUUAAAAACCAAGUGGCAGAGAAGGUCAACAAUUGCUUCCUAAUUAUUCUCUUCCUGCUCUCCUUGGGGGCAUGUCUUGAGACUCCUGCAGCUACAUCCAGUUACCAUAGUAAUUUUAGUGUCUUACAGUUUUUUUUUUUAAUGAUAAAAAAAAAAAACCACUGUGUAGCGUUAUUUUUCAGAGCAAUUUUAGGACUGUUCCUUGUAAGGCAUUUCAGUACACCAGAGAGGGGGAGGGCAGGGAGGGAGCAAAUCUGCCAGCCCCUAGUAUACUCCUGAAAUUCUGUUUCUGAACUGCUCUGUAAAGCAAAAUGGUAGUGUUAUUGUGCCCCGUCUGGCUGACAAAUCCACGUACAUAAUUUCAAAUUACUUCAGUUUAUAUUAACAUAAUUCGGUUCAGAUUAACUCUUAUUCUAGGUAUGGAGGUUCUCAACUAAUUGGAAAUUCAAGUCAUAUUCUUGGAAUUAAACUAAUAGAAACUUAGAAUAAUAGAGAAAUCCUCAUUUGCUCUAGGAACCUCAGCACUAUACUAACGACAUGAAUGACUUUCAUGAAGAUUAUAAUUGAGUAUAUUAUGAUUUAAAUCUUCUGUGAACUUCUUAGCAUUAGCUGAAGGUAGCA